CAUGGUCUUUGACGAGACCCGCCACAACCGGACUUUUGCUUGAUGUCGGCGCUGGAGAAGCAUUUCGCAACAGGCGCAGCGCUUUCUGGCGUAGAAUGUCAAAGAAGGGUUUUAAAAGAGCUGGAGGUCUCGGAUAUGCAUAAUACAUGGCUGAAGAAACUCGAUUCACUGUCUUGGGUUUUCAAAGCUCAUCGGAGGUUGGUUGGGGUUGUUUCUGUACGUCUAAUUUGCCAAUUUGGCUCCAUUGCAUCGAGAGCUCCCUGCUGGAAGCUUUGCCAUUGGCUCCGUGAACAACUUGCGGCGCAACUUGUUUGUUGUCAUUGGCACGUCACUACGGCACCGACCUGCAUCUGUCAGAUCAACUCGGCAAAAAUUCACUAG